UAUUACGUAGCACCGUGCGGAAAACAUGUCCGGAACGCAUCAUUGACUUUUACUAACUUAGUUACUAUGAAAUUAAUUUGUCGAUAUUUUCUCAAACAACACGUUUUGCAGUGUAAGAGAACUUUGAUCGGUGACAUAUUAUUGAGAUCAGUUGCUACUUGUUUGCCUCCUCACGCCGAUGAAGCUUCUCUUUAUGUCCAUUGGCCUUAUUGCUUAAAACGAUGUUCCUACUGCAACUUCAACAAGUAUAUUCCUCGGAGUCAAAACCAUACUGUUAUGACGGAAUGUCUGCAGAAGGAGACUCGGACUUUACUGCAGCUCAGCCAGAUCUCUCGGAUCAGCUCUGUGUUUUUCGGAGGAGGAACACCCAGCCUGGCUCAGCCGUCCACAAUAGCCGCUGUCUUAGAGACUGUCUCCAAGCAUGCACAUGUGGCAGAUGAUGCAGAGGUCACGCUGGAAGUGAAUCCUACACCUGCUGGAAAAGCUAGUCUGAGAGACUUCACGCUAGCCGGUGUUAACCGAUUUUCUAUUGGAAUUCAGUCGCUGAAUGACGAUCACCUGAGGACGCUAGGGAGAGAUCACAAUUCCCAGCAUGCUCUUCAGACAGUGUCAGAGGCCAGGAUGCUUUACCCUGGACGGGUGUCAGUUGAUGUCAUGUUUGCUCUCCCAGGCCAAAGUGUUAAGUCGUGGGAGAGCGAGCUGGAGAAAUUACUGCCGGUUUGUGAUGAUCAUGUUUCACUGUAUCAGCUCACGUUGGAAAGGGGAACCCGGCUUUUUAAACAGGUUGAGAGUGGCGAACUAAGUGUGCCUGGUGAUGAUGUCACUGCUGUGAUGUACAAGUCAGCACGGGAGGCCCUGGAACAGGCUGGGUUUCUUCAAUACGAGGUGUCUAACUUUUCCAAAAAUAAUGCUGUGAGUCAACACAAUGUGGGGUACUGGAGGGGACAGCAGUACAUCGGAGUAGGCCCAGGGGCACAUGGACGCUUUGUACCGCGUGCAGUCGGAGGAGAUCAGAGGGAAGCGAGGACCCAGACGUUAGAACCGGACGUUUGGAUACGAGAGGUACAGAGACAAGGUCACGGAAUGCGGCGACGAAUACAGCUUGACCACCAUGGCCUGCUGCAGGAAGUGUUGGUCAUGGGACUGCGAAUGAAUGAAGGAAUCAGCCACCAGCACUGGAAGUUAUUCAGCCCAGAAGCAGACCUCUGUCAGAUUUUUGGGAUGUCUGAUAACAUUCAAGAAUUGCAAGCAGAGGGCCUUCUAAUACUUGAUGACAGGGGUUUGCGGUGUUCCUGGGAAGGCUUAGCUUUACUGGACAGCAUCUUACCCACAAUGCUCCUAGAAUUAGAGAAGUUUCUCCCAAACAGGGGUAUGAUAAAGAUGCGAAACGACAACAGCAAAACCGACAUUCAGAGAGACAGAUGAUAGUAUCAGUAUUUUUUAACUAUGGCUGAUACCAACUGGUAAUGUUAUAAAAAUUCACUAUCAACUUGAAACAGUACAUUUAUCUUUGCCCUUGAAACAAACACAUACAAAUUUUUGUUAUAAUAAAGACACUUCCCUCUUGUA